CAAAACACAAAAAGCAAGAAAGGUGUGUCUCUUCGGUGAACGGUGAAAUUUGGUGAUUACAGAAAUCUUGUUCAAUCGUGUGCACGCAUUCCAAAUCCGAAUUACAUAAUGGCAGUACCGUGCAGUGUGCAUUCGUUACGGGCUAAAGUUUAAAGCGCGUGGGUCGUGUGCUGCAAGAGGUGGCUGCUGGGACGUCGGACGGGGGCUGAACCUUUUGCACGACGGGACGGGAUACCACCUUUCGGUGUGACGGAAACGAGGAGGGGGAAUUGAUCCGCCGUCGACGUUGCUCCUGGUCUGCCGCCUCUUUACGGUACGCGGACCAUCGGGCCCCCGUCUCCCCGUCUCCCCGUCACGCGCUAUCGUUUCCCGUCGUGCCGAUAUCGUUCUACCUCUGCUGCACACAGCGUCUUCCCACCCCAACCACUCUGUGUGGCGCUAACAAACGUGUGGCUGUCCACCGCCCCCCGGUGGUAUUCACCGCUUCCACCCGCUACGCACACGCACGCAAGCACGCAGUCCCGUGUUUUGCUGCCCGGUUCUGAAAAGAGAGCGAAAGUGUUGGGAGUGCGCGUCGCAAGAGAGUGAGUGUGCGAAAGUGAGAGAGAGAGAGAGAGCGUGCAGCAGCAGCAGGCUCCAAAGAUCCGGAAGAAGAAAUUUUUGUUUUGGGAGCUGGGUUGAGGGGCAAACCUAACAGAAAAAAAGUGCACAAUGUGGAACAUGAUGUGCGAUGUGAUGCCGACCAUCUCGGAGGACACCAUCUCCCAGCGGUCCUCCCAGUUCAGCGGCGAGGAUGCCAACUUCGAGCAGCUGAUGGUUUCGAUGCUGGACGAGCGGGACAAGCUGAUGGACAGCUUGCGCGAAACCCAGCAGCGGAUGGCCGACAUGGAGAUGAAAAUCCAGGAGGUGGAAAAGGAACGGGACAGUCUGCAUCGACAGAUUGCGGCCAAUUUGCCACAGGAAUUCUCGACACUAACCAAAGAGCUAACGCAGGCCCGCGAGACGCUGCUCGAACGAGAUGAAGAAAUCGGAGAGCUGAAGGCGGAACGAAACAAUACCAGGCUCCUGUUGGAACAUCUCGAGUGUCUGGUUUCCCGGCACGAGCGUUCGCUACGCAUGACGGUGGUGAAAAGGCAGGCGGCGUCCCAGAGCGGUGUAUCAAGCGAGGUGGAGGUGUUGAAGGCCCUUAAGAGUUUGUUCGAGCACCACAAGGCAUUGGAUGAGAAGGUUCGCGAGCGGCUCCGAAUAUCGUUAGAAAAAAAUAAUGAGCUGGAAGAGGAACUCAACCAAACCAAAGAGGAGCUUCAACAAUACAAAUCCGGUGUAUUGUCUAACCAAUCUGACCCCUCGUUGGACAGUAGCAGCGAAAAGAAGGACGCAUUGAAGAAUGGUGAGGCAGGAGAAAUGAUCGAUUACAGUGCGAAAACGCACGAGCUGCAAACGAUCAUCGAGAAGCAAACGGCAGAACUGUCCCAGUGGCAACGGCGCGUCUCCGAUCUGAACACCAAGAUCAACGAGAUGGAGGACAACAUGUGCAAGCUGCAGAAAGAGUACACCAAAUCGCAGGAAGCAUGCGUGAAGCUGCAACGUGAUCUGCGCGAAAACGUUGCCCAGAAAGAGGACCAAGAGGAACGAAUCGCAACGCUCGAGAAGCGCUAUCUUAAUGCACAACGCGAAUCAACCUCAUUGCAUGAUCUAAACGAAAAGCUUGAACAGGAAUUGCGCCACAAGGAGGCUCAACUAAAGCUGCAAGAGGGCAAAAUAGCAGCAAUACAAGAAAAGCUUGAACUGUCCGAGCAAAAGUUGGCACAGUUCUCGAAAUUGCCUGAAAUGGAGGAACAACUUAAGGCUCGUAUGGAAGCCCUAACACAGGCUCAAGAGCGGCAUGGUUCCGCGGAGGAUAGAAUUACGCGCCUCGAAAACAAUGUGGACGAAAAGAAUGCGGAAGUCAUGCGUUUGAAUCAAAGACUGAAGAUGAACGAAGAGCACAAUCAGCGGCUGUCGUCGACGGUGGACAAACUGCUGGCUGAGUCGAACGAUCGAUUGCAAGUCCAUUUGAAGGAACGCAUGACAGCGCUCGAGGAGAAGAAUACGCUCACGCAGGAGCUCGACAAGGCACGUAAAUACGCCGAGGAGCUGUGCCAGGAGAAAUCCGAUAUGCUCAAGGAAAUCGCAAAGAACCGGCUUGAGAUGGAAACAUUCAAGCGUCAAAUUUUGCAACAGGAAAUUGCGUACAAUAUUCAGCAAACCGAAGCACUUACCAGAAGCUUAUCACCAAACGCGGUCGGCAAUGCGUCAGCCAACAGUGGAUUCUCACGCAGCGGUUCGGCCACAUUCAGCACACACAGCUUGCGGCGGAACAAGCCGACACUCGAGGAGGAACACUUCAACCGUUCGAUGGCGGAACAGGACUGGAACAAGCUGCAGCACAUGGCCAAUGCACAAGUAUUUGACGGAGGCGUUCUCGAGGGCGCAGACGAGGCGGACAAUCUGUUCGGCACAGGCGAUAUUAUAUCCCCGACCGGACACACCGAUGCACAAACUCUGGCCAUCAUGCUGCAGGAACAACUUGAUGCCAUCAAUAAUGAGAUCAGGUUAAUACAAGAGGAAAAACAAUCGACAGAAGCACGAGCCGAGGAGCUAGAAUCUCGUGUCGGAAGUUUAGAGCAUAUGAAUCUACUGGCCCGCGGUCGCUCGAUGGACCGUCAGAGUCCACCGCUCAGUGGCAGCAGCACACCAAACAGUCCAAACCGUGACUAUCUUCAAAAGUAUCAUACGGCGCCAGCGUCGAUGUCGCCAGCGCAUUUGCAUCAAUACGUUACCACUUUGAAUCAAGUUCCGUUGUCGGAAUCGUUACCCUCUAGCCAAGUACAGUUGGCGCAUCUUCAGUCAGAAAUGCAGCAUGACGAUAUGGGAAAUCCAGAUCAUGAUAUGUCGGCUGGCGGUAUUGGCGGAGGUGAUACCAGUUCUGGCGGAACUAUAUCUCCGGCCACUGCACGCACAAUGCGGCUGGAACGGUUUGCCCUAGCAUUAGCCCACAGCCAAGAAGAGCUGAAACGGAAUCAUUUUGUCGCCAGCAACACGUACGGAAUGUCCCCGCUUAACUCACGCCAUGGAAGUCAGGAAUCGUUGAAGCACUUAAGUAUGGUUAGCUCGUUAAGUUCCCUACAAACGCCAACCGCCAGUCGGGGAGGAGAUGCCGUAUCGGCGGCUCAAAAGAAGAAGGGUAUUAAAUCCAGCUUAGGGCGGUUCUUCAGUAAAAAGGACAAGGUAAAGGGCGUAAAGGAUUCCUCCAUGCCAGACGGCUCUACUAGUAUGAUGUCGAUGAGUGGGUUAUCGCUUAUUAGCGACAUUGAUUCCACGUAUGAUAAUAUCAGCGUAUCUGGUUACAAACCACCGGGCAAGUCGAAUCCGAUCGAUUAUACUCGACAAAAGAAAAAGGAACACGACUAUCGGCAUGAUCUGUUGGGUGAAGCGAUGAAAGCAGGCACACCGUUUGCACUGUGGAACGGGCCAACAAUUGUGGCUUGGCUCGAGCUGUGGGUCGGCAUGCCGGCCUGGUAUGUGGCGGCAUGCCGUGCCAACGUAAAAUCCGGUGCCAUUAUGAGCGCUCUGAGCGAUACAGAAAUACAACGUGAAAUCGGUAUCAGCAAUCCACUGCACCGGCUAAAAUUACGUCUUGCCAUACAAGAGAUGGUGUCCCUGACAUCGCCAUCCGCACCGCAAACCACGCGGACAACGCUGGCAUUUGGUGACAUGAAUCACGAGUGGAUAGGAAACUAUUGGUUGCCUAGUUUGGGUCUACCUCAGUACCGUACUACGUUCAUGGAGUGUCUAGUAGACGCUCGCAUGUUAGAUCACCUCAACAAGAAGGACCUGCGCGGUCAGUUGAAGAUGGUAGACAGCUUCCAUCGGACUAGCCUGCAGUACGGCAUAUCCUGCCUGAAACGACUAAAUUACGACCGUGCGGCACUGGAGGAGCGACGAAAGGCGUCCGAAAACAGUCUCAGCGAUGUGCUGGUGUGGACAAACGAUCGCACAAUGCGAUGGGUGCAGAGCGUUGGCUUGAAGGAGUAUGCCAACAAUCUGCUAGAGUCCGGUAUACACGGCGCACUGAUAGCGUUAGAUGAAAGCUUUGAUGCUAAUUCCAUGGCCCUAGCAUUGCAAAUUCCAACACAAAACACACAGGCUAGACAAAUUUUAGGCACGGAAUUUAACAAACUACUCGAACUGUCGACCGAACGGCGCACGGAUCGAGAUUCAAUCAAAUCUUGACAUAAUCCUAGUCAUCCUAGUCUAAAUGGAUAAUAAGUAUGCUAAUAUUAAUAAUGAUAAUAAUAUAAAGUAAUAAUAAUAAUAAUAAUGAUAAUAACAAUAGCAUUAUUAUUAUGAGUAAUGAAAAUAUUAAUACUAAUAUUAAUAAUAUAACGAUAAUACCUACCUACUAACAGGCGGAUCACUGCGCAAGGAAUGAAGGGCAUGCAGGGCAGGGGAAGAGGUAUAGUAUUUUAUCGGGAAAUAAUAAAUGCAAGUAAAGCUAAAAAUGGACGUAACAGAGCAAGAAGGCGUGUAAGGUGGUGACAGUCGAAUAUUCAAAACAAAGAUACAUACCAGCAGCAUUAGCAACAAAUGAUUUAGUAGGCAAAAGGGGAGGGGAACACACCGUGCAGACAACGCAGGACCGGUGUUACUGGGGCUAGAGAUAUAAUAGAGGGGAAACAAUAUAUAUAUUAUAUAUACAUACAUGUCAGGGCGGCUAUAAUGCACGUAGGCAAGCGUACAAAACCCUCGUAUGCUCGGAUGAUUGGGAUGGAAUUAUUGGAUUUAUCUAAAUGCAACAUUGUCUGUACAAUUAGGGCAAUCGCACGCAUCACUGGGAAGCAAACAGGCGAUGAAACCAUAGGACAAAGGGGUAUGCAGUGACGCCAGAAAGGAGGGGUGGGGGAACUAUUGCGAAGCUAUGUAUAAUGGUAGGUUUGAAAACAGACUCCCAAGUGAAAAGUAUCGUUAAAUAGGUAGAGACGGGGGCAGGCCGGGAAGGGUUGGAACAGGCGCGAAACAUGCAGAUACAGAUGCAGCUGUAGAUGCUGCCAAACUUUAAAGGAACAAAACGUAAAAACACAACUACGCUAUUGUAAAGAUAUACUUAUAAUCCCGGCAUGAAAACAGAAACAGAGCUAUGGAAGUGAACAACAACAGCAGCAAAAGAAACAAAGAAACAAACAAAUACAAAAUGCAAUGCAUCUGUGUUCGAUAACUUAAAGCAAAGCAAGCGCCGACAAGAGCAAGCAUUAUUUUUCGU